AUGCCACUGGUAGUGUCAGCUUCAUCUAUUAGGAAAUCCGAAAUACCGUGGGAAUCCCAGAAAUCUCAAGGUUUAUCUUCAUUUCCUUCUGCACCUCCACUUGAAUUCCAAAGCAUUCUUCCAGUAGAAACAUUCGCUCAGCUUACAGCCAUUCAUCAGAAUCAGUCAUUAACAAUACCGCAAAAAAUAGCAAAAAUCGAUGCAGUUAUGAAUGAAUUACCGAGGGAUAUUCUGCAAAGAUUACCACUUCCACCGAUAUACCGUACCCUUCCGAAAAAUAUUCAGGCACUGAUCAAAAAUAUUCAGCUCGCAGAAAAUAUUUCUAUACAUGAAAAAUGGCGAAAGAUUAAGAAUAUUAUCCAAUCGCUGCCAGAAGAUCAGCGUCGCAUGUUUCCGCAAGAGUUGUUUGAUUUUCCGCCGGUACUUUAA